AUGGCGGACAAUUUGAAACUUAGCCGACUGUGUGCGAGUGAGUGUCUUAGGUUCAUGAUAGGACAUGCAGUGAACGGUGGCGUCUUUGAGCAGGGGCUUGACCAAACCAACACCACCACCACCAUCAUCAUCAUCGUGGGAAAGGGAGUGAGAGUGGGUCCAGGGCACGUGCCACGAUCACUUGCUUUGAAUGCGGGGACUCCGCAUAUUCAUUCUCAAAUUGACAACAGCCUCGUCGGUGACUCUCUUUUCAUUCUCUCAUUCUCCUUCUGCGCAUUGACUUCAGCUGUAAAAAUUUCAGCCGACCGUCACAAGCGAUCCAUGUCUGACCGCCAAGAUGGCGCCGCCGCGGUGAUCUUGGCGGACCCUUGGCGGGGUCUUGGCGCUGGCGCUUGGGGAAAUUUUCGGGUGAGAUUGGCGGCAAGCUGGGGAUCGGGAAUUUGCGGGGAUUCGUUGCUUAUUAGGUGGUGA